AUGCAGCCCUGGCAGUGCCUCCGGCGCUUUGCCCUGGCCUGGUGGGAGAGGACAGCGGAGGGCAGCGCCCGCUCUUCCAGGGAGGAGGCUGGAUCGAGGGACCCUGGGGGCCGAGGGGAGCCAGAUCCGGAGCGGAGCAGCCCCCCCAUGCUGUCUGCGGACGAUGCGGAGUACCCGCGGGAGUACCGGACCCUGGGGGGCGGGGGCGGCGGGGGCGGCGGGGGCCGGCGCUUCUCCAACGUGGGGCUGGUGCACACGUCCGAGCGGCGGCACACGGUGAUCGCGGCCCAGAGUCUGGAGGCGCUCAGCGGGCUGCAGAAGGCGGACGCCGACCGCAAGCGCGAUGCCUUCAUGGACCACCUGAAGAGCAAGUACCCCCAGCACGCCCUGGCCCUGCGAGGCCAGCAGGACAGGAUGCGAGAACAGGUUGGCGGCUGGACCGUGGACCCCGUGUGCCUCCUCAGCUCCCUCUGCUCCCACCUCCAUGGCGACUCCGCCCCCUCCGGGGCUGGCCAGCCGGCCCAGCAGCCAAACUACUGGAGUUUCAAGACCCGAAGCUCACGCCACACUCAGGGAGCCCAGCCCGGGCUGGCGGACCAGGCGGCCAAGCUGUCCUAUGCCUCGGCUGAGUCGCUGGAGACCAUGUCAGAGGCUGAGCUACCCCUGGGAUUCAGCAGGAUGAACCGCUUUCGACAGAGCCUGCCCCUCUCCCGCUCUGCCAGCCAGACCAAGCUGCGCUCGCCAGGAGUGCUGUUCCUGCAGUUCGGGGAGGAGACUCGGCGCGUACACAUCACGCACGAGGUCAGCAGCCUGGACACGCUGCACGCACUCAUCGCGCACAUGUUCCCGCAGAAGCUCACCAUGGGCAUGCUUAAGUCGCCCAACACCGCCAUCCUCAUCAAGGACGAGGCUCGCAACGUCUUCUACGAGCUGGAGGACGUCCGGGAUAUCCAGGAUCGCAGUAUUAUCAAGAUUUAUAGGAAGGAGCCACUCUACGCCGCUUUCCCUGGCUCACACCUCACCAACGGGGACCUCCGGAGAGAGAUGGUGUACGCGUCGCGGGAGUCGUCGCCCACGCGGCGCCUCAACAACCUGUCGCCGGCGCCGCACCUGGCGUCAGGUUCGCCGCCUCCCGGGCUACCGUCGGGGCUGCCGUCGGGCUCGCCGUCGCGCUCACGCCUCUCCUACGCCGGGGGGCGGCCGCCCUCGUACGCCGGCAGCCCGGUGCACCACGCGGCCGAGCGGCUGGGAGGCGCCCCGGCCGCCCAGGGCGUCAGCCCCAGCCCCAGCGCCAUCCUGGAGCGGCGCGACGUGAAGCCGGACGAGGACCUGGCGGGCAAGGCGGGCGGCAUGGUGCUGGUGAAAGGCGAGGGCCUCUACGCCGACCCCUACGGGCUGCUGCACGAGGGCCGCCUGAGCCUGGCCGCGGCGGCCGCGACCCGUUCGCCUACCCGGGCGCCGGCGGGCUGUACAAGCGCGGCUCGGUGCGCUCGCUCAGCACCUACUCGGCCGCCGCGCUGCAGUCCGACCUGGAGGACUCGCUGUACAAGGCGGCGGGCGGCGGCGCCGCUCUACGGCGACGGCUACGGCUUCCGCCUGCCGCCCUCGUCGCCGCAGAAGCUGGCCGACGUGGCGGCGCCCCCCGGAGGCCCCCCGCCGCCGCACAGCCCCUACUCGGGGCCGCCCAGCCGCGGCUCGCCGGUGCGACAGUCCUUCCGCAAAGACUCGGGCUCUUCGUCCGUCUUCGCCGAGAGUCCCGGAGGCAAGACCCGCAGCGCCGGGGGCGCCUCGACGUCUGGAGCUCCCCCUCCCGAGCUCUUCCCCGGGCCUGGGGAGCGCUCGCUCGUUGGGUUCGGGCCGCCGGUGCCAGCCAAGGACACGGAGACCAGGGAGCGUAUGGAGGCCAUGGAGAAGCAGAUUGCCAGCCUCACAGGCCUGGUGCAGAGCGCCCUACUGCGAGGCUCUGAGCCUGAAACGCCCAGUGAGAAGAUUGAAGGUUCCAAUGGAGCAGCCACCCCCUCAGCACCCUGCGGGUCAGGCGGCAGGACCACCGGAGCCACCCCAGUGUCCGGCCCUCCCCCACCCUCGGCGAGCAGCACCCCUGCAGGGCAGCCCACUGCCGUUAGCCGUCUGCAGAUGCAGCUGCACCUGCGUGGCCUGCAGAACAGCACCAGUGACCUGCGCGGCCAGCUUCAGCAGUUGCGCAAGCUCCAGCUGCAGAACCAGGAGUCGGUGCGCGCGCUGCUGAAGCGCACGGAGGCGGAGCUGAGCAUGCGCGUGUCGGAGGCGGCGCGGCGGCAGGAGGACCCGCUGCAGCGGCAGCGCACCCUGGUGGAGGAGGAGCGGCUGCGCUACCUCAACGACGAGGAGCUCAUCACUCAGCAGCUCAAUGACCUGGAGAAGUCAGUGGAGAAGAUCCAGAGGGAUAUGUCGCACAACCACCGGCUGGUGCCUGGCCCCGAGCUGGAGGACAAGGCACUGGUGCUGAAGCAGCUCGGGGAGACGCUGACAGAGCUUAAGGCUCACUUCCCAGGCCUGCAGAGCAAGAUGAGGGUAGUGCUGCGAGUGGAGGUGGAGGCGGUGAAGUUCCUGAAGGAGGAGCCGCAGCGCCUGGACGGGCUCCUCAAGCGCUGCCGUGGGGUCACGGACACGCUGGCACAGAUCCGAAGGCAAGUGGAGGAGGGUGUGUGGCCACCCCCCAACAACCUCCUGAGUCAGUCCCCUAAGAAGAUGACAGCCGAAACUGACUUCAACAAGAGCUUGGACUUCGAAAUGCCACCCUCCAGCCCCCCGCUGAACCUCCACGAGCUGAGUGGGCCAGCCGAGGGAGCCCCUCUUAUCCCCAAAGGAGGCAACCCCACUAAAGGCCUGGACACUCCUGGCAAGAGAAGCGUGGACAAGGCUGUGUCUGUUGAGGCUGCGGAGCGAGACUGGGAGGAGAAGCGGGCAGCCCUGACCCAGUACAGCGCCAAGGACAUCAACCGGCUGCUGGAAGAGACGCAAGCGGAGCUGCUCAAGGCCAUCCCUGACCUGGACUGUGCGAGCAAGGCCCACCAGGGCCUGGCCCCCACCCCAGACCACAAGCCCCCCAAGGUCCCCCAUGGCCAGAAGGCCGCCCCCCGAACAGAGCCCAGCGGGAGGAGGGGCUCAGAUGAGUUGACAGUGCCCCGAUACCGCACAGAGAAGCCCUCCAAGUCGCCUCCGCCACCCCCUCCCCGCCGGAGCUUCCCCUCCUCCCACGGCCUGACCACCACACGCACAGGAGAGGUGGUGGUCACCAGCAAGAAAGACUCAGCCUUCAUCAAGAAGGCCGAGUCCGAGGAGCUGGAGGUGCAGAAGCCCCAGGUGAAGCUGCGCCGGGCCGUGUCCGAGGUGGUCCGCCCAGCCUCCACACCACCCAUCAUGGCCUCUGCCAUCAAGGACGAGGACGAUGAGGACCGCAUCAUCGCAGAGCUAGAGAGUGGUGGUGGCAGCGUGCCACCCAUGAAGGUGGUGACUCCGGGGGCCUCUCGGCUGAAGGCAGCCCAGGGCCAGGCAGGAAGCCCCGACAAGAGCAAGCAUGGCAAGCAGAGGGCCGAGUACAUGAGGAUCCAGGCCCAGCAGCAGGCCACUAAACCAUCUAAAGAGAUGAGCGGGUCCAAUGAAACCUCGAGCCCAGUCUCAGAAAAACCCUCGGCUUCCAGAACCUCUAUCCCUGUAUUGACUUCCUUUGGGGCGAGGAAUUCUUCCAUCUCCUUCUAG